AUGAAUAUUAAUUAAUUAUUAUAUUAUACCGAUACUCAUCAACAUCAUUCUUAUCCAUAUUAAUAUGCAUUAAUUCUAGUUCAUGGAAAUAUCACUUCCUCAUAACAUUGGUAUAAAUUUAUUCAAGAAAUAUAAAAAAGAGAUCAAGAUAAAUUAAUCAGAAUUAUUAAUCUAGACUAAAAAGGAUUUGGAUAUUCAUAAUUACCAAAUAAUAGUAUUGAUGAUGUUAAAGAUCUCACUACAGAUAUUCAUAAUUUAAUAUUAUCAUUAUUUAAAAAAGAAGAAAUAUCUUAAAAAGUCAUAUUAUGUGGAUGGUCUCUUGGAGGAGCAGUCUGUCUACAAUUAGCAAGUGAUUAUAGUGAAUACUAUCAUAAAUUAAUAUUAGUAGCUAGUGCAGGUUGUCAUGGAAAUCAUUUAUAUUUAGAAGAUGAAUAAGGUAAAUAAUUAUCAAUUAAAUGCUCAACUAAACAAUAAGUAAUCGAUCAUUCCAAAAUUAAACAUAAUGUUAUGAAAAUGUAAUAAAAUGAUUACAAUUAUUUUUAUCAUGUUUUUAAAAAAGCUUUGUUUAAUAGUGGUAGAUAUCCAAGUGAUCUUGAAUUACUUGAUUUAUUAAAAGAUGUAUUUAAGUAAUCAAAUUAUAUUGAUGUUGCUUGGGCAUUAUAGAAAUUUGAUAUUACACAUCAGGUAAAUAAAAUUAAAGGUCCUGUCUUAUUAUAUCAUGGUUUGCUAGAUAAAAUUUGUCCAAUAUCAGAUGCUUAUGUAUAUUACAAUCUACAUACAUUUAGACUAAUAUUCAUUUUAUAGGAAAAAAUAAAUGUACCUUAGUUGUCCAUUAAGAUGUAAGUCAUAUGCCUCCACUUGAAGUACCUGAAGAUUUAGCAGUGCAUGUCAUAAAUUAUUUGUAUUCAUUAAAAUGA